CCGAGCCGCCCCCUCCCUCUCCCUCCCUCCUUCCCAUCCCCCUUCUUUUCAAGCGUGAGACUCGUGAUCCUUCCGCCGCUUCCCUUCUUCAUUGACUCGGAAAAAAAAUCCCCGAGGAAAAUAGAAUAUUCAAAGUACUUAUUUUCAAUCAAGUAUUUGUCCCCGUUUCGUGUGAUAUAUAUCUAUAUAUAUAUAUUUUUUUUAGGAUCCACCCUCCCCUUUUCUCUCCUCCAAGGAAAGGGAGGGGAAUGAAUUGUAUUUUUUCCCCCCUUGUCCCAAAUCAUCUAUGUUAAAUACCCAUACUGAUCUGUCUUGAAGGAGAAACACAUCGCUCGUUUUUUAAAUAGCUAUACAAAAGGAGUGGAAAAAACCCCAAGAGAACGAAGUCUUUCUUUUUCUUGUGGGAGAACUUAAUGCUGCUUUUGUCAUUAACCUAACAUCCCAACAUACAACAAAAGGAAGAGGAGGAGGAAGGAAGGAAAAGAAGGUGAUUCAGGAAGAGAGUGAUCAUGUCAGGGCGGCCCAGAACCACCUCCUUUGCGGAGAGCUGCAAGCCAGUGCAGCAGCCUUCGGCGUUUGGCAGCAUGAAAGUUAGCAGUGCAUUGGAUAAAAAGAACAAGACACGGUUUCCUGUCACUAAGUUUGCAGGAGACAAGGAUGGCAGUAAGGUGACCACAGUGGUGGCAACUCCUGGGCAGGGUCCAGACAGGCCGCAAGAAGUCAGCUAUACAGACACUAAAGUGAUUGGAAAUGGGUCAUUUGGUGUGGUAUAUCAAGCCAAACUUUGUGAUUCAGGAGAAUUGGUUGCCAUCAAGAAAGUAUUGCAAGACAAGAGAUUUAAGAACCGAGAGCUCCAAAUCAUGAGAAAGCUAGAUCACUGUAACAUAGUCCGAUUGCGUUAUUUCUUCUACUCAAGUGGUGAGAAGAAAGAUGAGGUCUAUCUCAAUCUGGUGCUGGACUAUGUUCCGGAAACAGUAUACAGAGUUGCCAGACACUAUAGUCGAGCUAAACAGACGCUUCCUGUGAUCUAUGUCAAGUUGUAUAUGUAUCAGCUGUUUCGAAGUUUAGCCUAUAUUCAUUCCUUUGGAAUCUGCCAUCGGGAUAUUAAACCACAGAACCUCUUAUUGGACCCUGAUACAGCCGUAUUAAAACUCUGUGACUUUGGAAGUGCAAAGCAGCUGGUCCGAGGAGAACCCAAUGUUUCGUAUAUCUGUUCUCGGUACUAUAGGGCACCAGAGUUGAUCUUUGGAGCCACUGAUUAUACCUCUAGUAUAGACGUAUGGUCUGCAGGCUGUGUGCUGGCUGAACUGUUGCUAGGACAACCAAUAUUUCCAGGGGACAGUGGUGUGGAUCAAUUGGUGGAAAUAAUCAAGGUUCUGGGGACACCAACAAGGGAGCAAAUUAGAGAAAUGAACCCAAACUACACAGAAUUCAAAUUUCCUCAAAUUAAGGCACAUCCUUGGACUAAGGAUUCAUCAGGAACAGGACAUUUCAACUCAGGAGUGCGGGUCUUCCGACCCCGAACUCCACCAGAGGCAAUUGCACUGUGUAGCCGUCUGUUGGAGUAUACACCAACUGCCCGAUUGACACCACUGGAAGCUUGUGCACAUUCAUUUUUUGAUGAAUUACGGGACCCAAAUGUCAAACUACCAAAUGGACGAGACACCCCUGCACUCUUCAACUUCACCACUCAAGAACUGUCCAGUAAUCCACCUCUAGCUACCAUUCUUAUUCCUCCUCAUGCUCGGAUUCAAGCAGCUGCUUCAACCCCAACAAAUGCCACAGCAGCCUCAGAUCACUGUCAUUACAGAUAUGCUGAAAAUACCCCAACCCUUGUGUGAAUUGAAGUUCUUCGGAAGAAUGGCUGGAUGCUGUUUAAAAUGAAGUUAGAAAUAUACUAGAUGCUAAUGCUGGAGACCGUGGACAGACCAAUAACGCUGCUUCUGCAUCAGCUUCCAACUCCACCUGAACAGUCCCGAGCAGCCAGCUGCACAGGAAAAACCACCAGUUACUUGAGUGUAACUCAGCAACACUGGUCACGUUUGGAAAGAAAAUUAAAAAGAGAAAAAAAAACUUGUUCAUUUUAGUGUUCAAUUUUUUUAUUAUUGUUGUUGUUAUUAUUUAACCUUGUAAGAUAUCUAUAAAUACAAACCAAUUUCAUUGUAUUCUCACUUUGAGGGAGAGCCAGGGGUGGGAGGGUUGGGGGGAGGGAAGGCAGAGCACCAGAACACGAUCUCUCUCCCACGACAAUCUUAUCAGAAGUCUGCUGUUGGAUACUUUAAAAACAGGACUCCUGCUUCAUGCCCCUUCCACAAAAGAAGAAAAUUUUGUUCUGUGCUGAAGUUUUUUUGAACUUUUUUCUUUUAAAGUCAAGUGUAAGACUUGUUAUAGUGCACAGCUUGAAAUUGAUUGGGAGCUUAGCAGGUGUAACCCCAUGGGGACUUAAAUGUCACUUGUAAAAUGAAUCCAUAUCCUGGGGCGUUCGAAGACUUGCCUUUGGCAUGUUGGUGGCAGGUGUGGCAGACAAAAAAAAAAAAAGGAAAUGUGUAUCCUUUGUAACCCUGGGAGGUCAAUAAAGUUAGAAGCUGUAAGGGGAAGAUUCUUAAUUGAUUUGUUAAAGUUCUGUUUUGCUCUUAAUCAGUGCUAGUGGUGGGGGAACUUGUGUAAGAGGCUGUCGGGAGGAGCAUGCCUGUGCUUCCUGUGGAUCUUUGUUUGCCUGGCCAAAGGUUCUCUGCAAACCUUAGUACGGUUGUAAACGAGUGACCCAGGAGAAGGCUGACAAAGCGUUGAGCCGGCCACUCUGGCUGUGGAGGUCAAAAGUCGAUAAACCCAGAGGAAGGGACUGGCCAGGGCAGAUCUCACCACUGUGAAUGAAGUAUUCCAGAUUCUUCUCUGAAGUUGCUUCCCUUGGAAAGAUACACUUGAGAGGACAUUAUAGUUAAAUAAUGUGAACUGUCACAGUCUACUGGUUUAUUUCCAUAUUUUUUAAUUACAGAUUGAGCUUGCAGAAAUUGCCACGUUCUGCACAUAGUUCUAAUUUUAAAUCCAAAUCUAGAAUCUGUAUUUAAUUUCAGCUUUUUUUAACCUCAUGCUUUUAAAAUUUUAUUUAUUGAUGCAUGUGUCAGGCCAUUAUGAUUCUAGAUGAUAAGAAUAUUAAAAACUACGCAUCCAAAUGAUAUAAACAGUCACUAGUACCUGCUGACGUUAUAGGAAAGUGGAUUAUAUAAAUGUGUGUAUAUGUGUUAUAUAUAAUAGAUUCAGUACUGCCUUUUGUUUUUGUUUUCAUUUUGUCCACAGUAUCAAAAUUGACUGCUUGAAGAGUGAGAAGAAGAAUGAUUUCCCUAUACCCAGUUAAGAGUUUUGUUUGUUUUCUUUUCUGUAUCAGUGGAUGGUGUAAGAACCAGUUUCUGUUUUUGAAGAAAAAGCAAUAUUCCUUGGAAAGCAAGGAGGAUUGAAGGAUUAUGUUUGCAGUGAGGAAAUAGAUUUUUACAAAGAGUUUGUUUUACAUGUUUAAGGUUGACAUCUAUGUGGGCCUUAUAUACUCUAAAAUGAACCUUAGCCACCUUGGUGCUUAUGGGCCAUUACUUGACCUAUGAAUCUUUAAGGCACAACCAGUUGUACUUUACAUGUAAAGAUUACUUGAGUGAUGGCCGCCUUUCCCCGUACCUGCUCCUUCCCCACAUGCCUUCUACGGUUCACUGAGAGCUAGGGCUGCAGAGCUGGGCCCUAGGUUGUGUGUAACCUACCUUCCCCUUCUCAUUGCCACCUUAGGUCAUGUUAGGGGUCUCGCCCUCCAGGCGAUUUGGAAAUAGAGUCUCUUGACAGCCCUCAUGCUGGUCCCCAGAGACUGUACUACUUACCCAAGUGUGUGUGACUCCCGGAGAGUCGACUGCCUGCUGAAGUGAACCCGUGCCAGAAAGGCAGCUGUGAGCCGUCGUCGUUUUCACUCACUGUUUAGCUGUGCUCUUAGGCCGCAGAAGGGGUUUCUCAAACCUCUGGUUGUAUCAGAGUUCAUGAGGAAGGAAGCAUCCUCGGUCAAACCAAAUCAAACGUAUUGAAUUUUACUUUUCAUAAUGAGCCUCUAAGAGCUGAUUGAGGUUGGAAGGACGUCUGAGUGAAAGUAUUUGGCAACAUGAUACUAAAGGAACGGCUUUGAUAGGCCAUUUUCAGAAAAGAUUUAUAAAGAGGCCAAGCAGCAGGUCUGUGACAGAAAUGGACCUGCUUUCGGACCACUGCCUGGCCAAACAUCUGGACAGACACUACUCUGGAUUUGGUAUAUCUGCCAGAGUCCAUAGAAACCUGUGCUUAUUUUACAAAAUACCUUCCCCCGAUAAAUGGGGUGAGAAAAGAGAAGAGUCUGAUGCUUUCCUCUCGUGUUGUGUGUGCGUGUCCGAGGGCUGAGGUGCGUGAUUUUUUUUUCUUUCUCAAGGAUCAUGGCAGGAUCACAGAGCUCUUUUAUACAAGUGAGAUCCAGGUCUCUGCGUAUCUUUUUGUAAAUAAUAAAAUAAUAAUAAUAAUAAAAGCUCCUCACCAAAUUCAAGCUUGUACAUUAUAUUUUCUUUCAAUGUUUUUUAAAUUUAAGUUUUAUUGUUUUGUAUGUAAAUAUGUGGACCCAGGAACUGUUAUUAAUGAGCAAAAAGUUACUGUUCAGGGCAGUGAUUCUGUUUAAUAAUCAGACAAAAUGUAGACGAGCUUUUUAAAGCCAUAUAGUUUUAACUCUGUACAGUAGGUACCGGCCUGUAUUAUUGUAACAAUAACUCUAGCAAUGUAUAGUGUAUCUAUAUAGUUUGGAGUGCCUUCGCUUCCAUGUGUUUAUUUGUUGUUUUUCAUUUUUUAAAUUUUAAUUGGUUUCUGUCUAUAUCCAUGUCUCCCUGUCCCCACCCUUUUUUUCCUAUGAAAUAAUAGCUCACCCAUAACACAGUGUCUGUGCCCCUUCACGGUGAAUUUCAGUGAUACCAUGCUCAGGAGUGGAAAGAGGAAACCAUGUUUAUAAUCUCCUGUCAUGUAAGCCCUGCCUUUGUUUUGGUUCUGAACAUAUGUCUUCCUCAGUAGCAGUGACCGGUUUCAUUUCAUCCUUAGGCCAUCCAGGGACUCAGCGUAGUGCCAGGGUGCCCUAGAGCUGGAGGGUAUCAAUUGGAUUUUGCUCGUCUCCUCCCCAAACCCUAACCAUGGGUCUUACAGUCAGCAGAUUCCAUGCUCACUCUCCUCAUUUCCUUCCCCCACAAAUGAGAGGGGAGAACUGGUUUUUGUAAGUCAGUUCCAUCAUAGCAUCGGGUUUUGCUAAUCAGUGGUCUGAAAUGCCAUGGUAAGAUGGCAGGCAGUAAUGCCGGAGUGUGCGCGAGGACUGUGGCUUAAUAAGGGGACUCCGCCUGUCUGUCCUCCCGCCACCUCCACCCUUUCAGCAAAAUCUCAUUUUAAUUUCUUUUUGAAAAAAUCAUUUGAAUUCUUACUGUGUGCCCAUCAUGAAGGCCUUUUUUGAAAGAAAAAAAUCAAAAUUACUUGUUUUGCCUCCAAGUACUCCAUAUGAGAUGUCUUGAAUAGAAGAAGAAAUCAAACUUUACCAAACCAAAGGUUUCUAUUUUUGAAACAUCAUGUGUUCAUUCCAGCAAGGCAGAGGACUGCACCUUCUUUCCAGUGACAUGUUGUCAUUUUUUAAAGUCCUCUUAAUUUUUAGAUACAUAUUUUUGGUGUGUGUUUUAACAAAGCUGCCUAACCAAUCAUCUGGUCUGCACCAAUGCAAAGGUUUCUGAGAGGACUAUUGUAUUCUCUAUCCCUGUGGAUAUAAAGACACUGGCAUUUUAUUUCUUUUUCCCUUUCCUUUUUAAGGGAUUUAACUUUGGAAUCUUCCAAAGGAAGUUUGGCCAAUGCCAGAUCCCCAGGAGUUGGGGUUUUUUUCUUUUCUUAUAAACAAAAAUUGUAACUGAUUCCUGUUGUUGUUCUUAGUGAUCAUCUAAUCACAGAGCCAAACACUUGUCCCGUCUAUAGAAAAAUAAACUAAGCAUGCUUUACAAUAAAAUCUGUCUUUUCUGAUAGAAACCUGAGCCACUGAAGAUAAGAGAGACACCUAGAAGCAGAGCAGAGUCCCAGACUAAGGUCUACGUUUGAGAGGCUUCGAAAGUAAUCCCUGAGGUUUGGAUUAUUUUCUAAGGGUUGUGAUGUUUUAUUCAAGUUCGUUGCUCCGUUUUGCACCUCUGCAAUAAAAGCAAAAUGACAACCAGGACAUAAGGGGUUAGCUUGACAAAGUAGACUUCCUUGUGUUAAUUUUUAAGUUUGUGGGUUUUUUUUCAUACUAUAUCUGCUACAGGCAGAUUCAGAUAGAUGUAUGAAAUGUGCUUGCCUGUAAAAUUGCAUUUAUAAAUGUGUUGCCGAUGGAUCACUUGGGCCUGUACACAUACCAAUUAGCGUGACCACUUCCAUCUUAAAAACAAACCUAAAAAACAAAAUUUAUUAUAUACAUAUAUAUAUAUAUAUAUAAAGGACUGUGGGUUGUAUACAAACUAUUGCAAACACUUGUGCAAAUCUGUCUUGAUAUAAAGGAAAAGCAAAAUCUGUAUAACAUUACUACUUGAAUGCCUCUGUGACUGAUUUUUUUUUUCAUUUUAAAUAUAAACUUUUUUGUGAAAAGUAUGCUUAAUGUUUUUUUUUCCCCCCUUCCCCAUUCCCUUGUAAAUACAUUUCGUUCUAUGUGACUUGGUUUGGAAAUAGUUAACUGGUACUGUAAUUUGCAUUAAAUAAAAAGUAGGUAGCCUGGAAAUGAAAUUAAAA